CAGUCAAGCUCCAGCGCUUCCAGCCGGCAGCAGCACCAAGCGAACAAGUCUUUGUGAGGAGAGAGAGGCAGGGAGAGAGAGGGAGAGCGAGAGAGGAAGGGGGGUGCAGAGCAGGGGAGAAUCAGACGGUGAGAGAGCUGACAGUAUGAGCAUAGGAUGAGGGUGCAGAAGCCAUAAGACAGUGACAGAGCAGAGGCAGAGGCAGAGGCAGAGGCAGAGGUGCUCGGUGCUGUACAAUAGUGCCAGAGGCUGCUGGAAACAGAGAGAGAGGCAUCAUGGCAGCGCUCACUGCAUCAUCACGACACAUGGGGAUGUUUGGCUGCUGCUGCUGCUGCUGCUGCUGCUGCUGAACACCGUGUGAUGCAGAGGAGAGUCGAGGAGGACUUCCUGGAAACCAAAGGCGAGCCGAGGAAACAGGUGUGACCAGUCUGAGGAGGCACAAGAUGAGUGGGAUUCUGAAGAGGAAGCUCGAGGAGGGCCCUUCUCCCUAUUUGUCCCUGCAGGGGUCUGAUGAUGACGAGGUUUCCUGCAGCGACAGCGGCAACAGCAGCGACAGUCUCAACCACUCUGUGCCCUCCGGACUGCUGGACUCAUCUCUGCAGCAGCAGUCAAAGCGACUGCGAGGGCGUAACGUGCACUUUGAGAGCGUGACAGUCUACUAUUUCAACCGGCGGCAGGGCUUCACCAGCGUGCCCACGCAGGGCGGCAGCACCCUGGGGAUGUCGCCUCGCCACAGCGGGGUGAAGCGCUUCACUCUGAGGGAGUUCGCCAUGGAGCAGAAAAGGAGCCACCGGAACAUGCUGAGGGAUCAUCUGAAAGAGGAGAAACUCAACGCCAUCAAACUCAGACUGACGAAGAAUGGCACCGUGUCAUCCUUGGAGGCAGACACUCUGACGCUGGACGACAUCUCAGAAGAUGACCUGGACGUGGACAACACAGAAGUGGACGAUUACUUCUUCCUCCAGCCCCUGACUACCAGGAGGCGCAGGGCCCUUCUGCGUGCCUCGGGGGUCCGUCGCAUCGACGUGGAGGAGAAACACGAGCUCCGCACCCUCCGCAUAUCCCGAGAGGAGUGUGGGUGUCGCUGCCGGGGGAUCUGUGACCCGGAGACCUGUGCUUGCAGCCUGGCCGGCAUUAAGUGCCAGGUAAAUGGAACAGUGGUGGACCGCAUGUCUUUCCCCUGCGGCUGCACCAAGGAGGGCUGCAGCAACACCACGGGACGCCUGGAGUUCAACCCGGUCCGGGUGCGCACCCACUUCCUGCACACCAUCAUGAAGCUGGAGCUGGAGAAGAGCCGCGAGGAACAGUACCAGCAUCAGCAGCCGGAGCAGCAGCUUGUAACCAAUGGCAACGGUUACCAUGGCGACUCCACUUUGGUCCAGCAGCAGCAGCAGCAGCAGCAGCAGCAGCAGCCGAACCUGCAGUUCCCGCUGAUGAGCGGCACACCGCACAUUCCCAUCAUGCACCUCCAGAACACAGGUGACACCGAUUCACAUCUGGAUGAAGAGGAGGAAGAGGAAGAAGAGGACGACGAGGAGGAGGAGGAAGAAGACGAGGAAGAGGACGACGAAGCUUAUGAUGAGGACGGCAGCAGCGUUUGCAGCGGGCUGUCGGACUGCAGCACCCACAGCCUGGAAACUAUCGACCCCGAGGAGGGAGAGGAGGACGAGGAGGAUGAAGAGGAUGACGAAGAGGAGGACGACGAUGAGGAAGAGGAGGACGACUGGGACUGUUCGCUACACGGAACAAGUCCUCCGUCCUACUCUGUCCCCCUGCCCUCUGUGCUGAGCUACUCUAACAGCACACUCAUGAGCCUCGGUGGCCCCUUCAACAACACUCCCCCCAUGCAGCACUACCAGAGAGACGGCUCCGUCAGUGACACUCCGGCCUUCCUCACCGAAAACCUCAGCAUCACUCCCACGCUCCCCACAGUGGAGUCAGCAUUAGGCUCUGAAAUAAACACAGAACUCAAUUGCCAAACAGAGCAGCAGAUCGCUCGCUGCCGUUUCCCCGAAUCCCCGGCACUCCAAACUUCCUCACAUGGAGACACUCGUGAGACUAACACUGCCCUUGCUGGCGGGUCCGAUCAACAGCCUCGCUCGACGGACCUCCAGAACAAUCCAGACCGUCAUGACUCACAGACUGAGGCUUCGGCUGAGAGGCAGACGGCGGAGGAAACCGUACAGGAGCAACCGGGACUGCAGACUAACGGAGAUCAGAUGACGUCAAUGGAGAGCGUCUGACUAGUGAAGUGACACGGAGGGGAACCAGCUGCCAUUUGGAAAUCUUUAGUCAAGAAUUGUGACCUUCAACCAUAAGAGUUUGCUUUAUUCUUGAUAAGUGCACUUCCAAAGAGAGAAAGGGUCGAACAGGUGUUGAAAUCUGUCAAGAGACGAUAAAAUUACAAGUUCAUUGUUGACACUCAAUAAAACGGUGUUUCUGUACGUUAGCUGUAACUAAAUAGUGUAUAAUUUAUGCUGUUAUAAAGUCCUUGAUCAUGAACGCAUGUUUUUGGGUUGGUGCCUAUGACAGAUCAAAACCAGAUUUCGAGGUGCUUGUGUUGUUUUACUACUUUCUGUUGUGCUGCUGUCCCAUUCUGCUGCUAAUUAUUCUUAGAUACCUGUCCAUACCGCAUGCGUUCAGUUUACCGGAGAUGUUUCACAGCUUGCAGUCUGUAAAAUGAUAAAUGACAUUUACAUUUGUACGAAUUGCUACCAACACACACCAUUAUAAUUCAUAUAAAGGGUCCUUCUUGUGCUAAAUUUUAGCGACAUGCUAACUCUUGAGUUGAAUAUCUUUAUUGAAUCACUACUGGAUGAGUUGCUUUAAAUUUGGAACAGCCACAAUAACUAUUUUUUUUAUAAGAACCCACAAAUAUUUGUUUUUUAAAGCUCUUAAAUUUGCUAUUUUGAUUGAUUCUCACAGCUCUCAUGGUGUCAAUUGCAGCAAUAGAGGGCAUAUAAAAGACUGGCAUGUCCUUAAGGCCAGAAAAGUGAAGUUUAAAUCUGCCAGCAGGGGGCGACUCCUUAAGCUGGAAAAAUAAUUUCAUUGUAUAGAAGACUAUGAGAAAAUGGCCCUACUUCACACUUUAGUCAUUACCUCAGCAACCAUUUUCCUCAUGAUCUCAAGGUGUUAAUUGCUAGCUUUAAGUCAGUGCAGCAUGAUGUUCGUUCAGUAAAUUAUGAUCUAAUUUAAAUAGACAUAAUGCCUACUUGACUAUGUGUUACCGUUUCACUGUGCGUAGUGUCCUCGAGUUCUCAGUCACAUACACCGCUCACUCAUAGUUUCAAAAAGACAAAAUAGCGACGGCCAGUUACCAAGUCAAGCCCGCAAAUCAACACUUGGCUACGUCCAUCUUUUACAUACAGUCUGUAGUUGCAGCAGGCUUAAGUUUUUCAUGAAAAAUUAGCUUGUGGAAGCAUUUAGCAACUAAAGAGUCAGGUAUUUCCCAGCAAAAACAGAAGUAAAAACUAAAUACUGGACAUGAAGUGGAAACAAACAGCUGCUAAUGUGUCAAAAUGUUCCCUUCUUUCAGAAGUAAUGUAAUUCCCAGUAGCUACACUUUGCGUUCAUGCUAAUUAGCAAAUAUUAGCAUGUCACAUUAACCCUCCUGUUGUCCUCAUUUAUGGGCACCAAAAAUUAUUGUUUCCUUGUCUGAAAAAAAUCCAAAAAUUCAGCAAAAAAAUCUCCAGAUUUCUGAAAAUUUGCAAAACCUUCAGGAAGAAAAUUCCAAUAAUUCCUUAAAAGUUUCCCUUUAAAAUUUUAUUUUUAAAAAAAUCCCCCCAAAUUUGGCAAGAAAAUUCUUGUAAAUGUUUUCAAAAAAUGAGAAAAUCUUCCAAAAAAAUCCUAAAAAUAUCUAAAGUGAUUCCAUAUAUAUCAGUAAAACUUCUAUUUUCUUUAAGAACAUUCAGAUAAAAUUCAACCAAAAUCCAGCGAAUUUCAAUGGAUUUUGGUUGAUUUUUUUGUGAAUGUUCUUAAGAAACAUUUUUAACACUUUUUUUCCCACCAAAAAAUGUUCAGAUUUCCCAAAAAUGUUGAAAAUGUGGACAUCAGAAGUCAUAUUUUCAAACUUUAAACCAAGUCAGUUUUGACCCGCAGGACGACACGAGGGUUAAGACAGUAAACAUAACCCUGUUAGCAUGCCGGUGUUAGCAUUAGCCUCAACCCAAUGCUCACAGAGCUGCUAGCAACUUUCUUGCUGCUAACAUGUAAAUUAUACUGUGAAGUAUGUCAACAGUGUAUCAGAACUUAAUUUUACAUCACAUUAUUUCUACUUUUCUUUUAAAUCAUUGUGCUGACACAGUAUCAGUCAUGAAUUUGAGCAUUCAUGAAGAUCGGAGAAUUCUUCAGUCGUUAUUUUCAUUUUACAGCCAUGAGCAAAUCAACAUCAUGAACUUUUUCCAUUUGCUAGAAAGAAAAAUUCGUCUCUCAAUACUGCCAAGAACUGGGGGCCAAAUGUACUUUGUGUUGUUUUUUUUAAAGUGUACAUUUCCAUGAAAGUGUGAAUAAAGGUCAUUUUAACAUCAA